AUGUAUGCAACGCUUCCUGUUGUGGCGGAUGGUGAGUUCACGGUGGGGAUGGAAUUCAGUUCAAGGGAGGCAGUAAUCAAGGCAAUGAAAGAUUAUACCAUCCAUAGAGGUGUAGACUAUCGGGUAUAUGAGUCAGAACCGACGACAUUCUAUGCUAAAUGUUGGCUGAUCAGGGUUACCAAAAUGCAGAAGAAGUAUUGUUGGGAGAUAAGGAGGUACAAUGGUAAUCACACUUGUACCAGGUCUACUAUUUCUCAAGACCAUUCGAAGUUGGAUUCCAAGACAGUUGCAGAAGCAAUUAAGCCGUUCGUAGAGGUUGACCCGUCUAUAAAGGUGAAAUCAGUCAUUGCUGAAGUCCAGUCAGAAUUUAACUACACCAUCAGUUAUCGUAAGACUUGGUUAGCAAAGCAGAAGGCGGUGGAAUCAAUUUUCGGAGGUUGGAAAGCAUCAUAUGAAGCUUUGCCCAUAUGGUUUGAGGCCAUGUGUCACAAGGAGCCAUCACCAGUGGUUCACUUUGAAACAAUGCCUGCGUACAAGGGGGAUGAUUUGGUUCCUGAUAUACGUGUACUACAUAGAGUCUUCUGGAGUUAUUACCUUUGUAUAAGGGCCUUCAGACACUGCAAGCCAGUGGUGCAGGUGGACGGGACUCAUUUGUAUGAAAAAUACAAGGGUUGUUUAUUGGUUGCAGUCUCACAAGAUGGUAAUAACAACAUCGUGCCUAUUGCAUUUGCUAUAGUGGAGGGAGAGACUUCUGAUGCAUGGUACUUUUUUCUAAGUAACUUGCGUCAACAUGUGGUGACACGUGAUGGUGUGGGAUUUAUCUCUGAUCGACACGAUUCUAUUAGGUCAGCUAUUGAUUGGAGUAAUGGGACUUGGUCUCCUCCUAGAGCUUUCCAUAUGUUUUGUAUCCGGCAUAUUGAGUCGAACUUCUUGAGGAAGUUCGAGGCACCUUACUUGCAGAAGCUUAUUGUCAAUAUUGGAUAUUCGAGGACGAUUAGGGAGUACCAGAUGCGCUAUGAACGAUUAAAAGAACGGGGUGAAGCUUACACCAACUGGCUUGAUCGGAUCCCACGUGAGCAGUAUGCUUUGGCAUUUGAUGGUGGAUACCUAUGGGGUCAUAUGACCACCAAUCUUGUGGAACUGAAUGAGUUGUUCACUAGGAAAAGAGUUGAGGCUGAGGCUCGAAUUAAUGCUGGACUUGUGUUUUCUGAGAUGGUGACCUCCAAGCUGCAUGCAAAUCAACGAGCAUCGAAAAACAUACAAAUUAGCUGUUUUGAUAGAGAAAAUGAAGUCUUUGAAGUACAUGAGAUGCCUAGUGGGGUUGAGUAUGCAGUUAACCUACGCCAAUAUCGGUGCGACUGUGGUAAAUUCCAGGUUGACCGAAUUUCGUGUCGACAAGUGUUUGCUUGUUGUGCAAAUCAGCGGUUGGAUUGGCAAGUGUACGUUCAUGAUGUAUACAAGAUGGACGAAGUUUAA